UGCCCGGAGUGCUAAAUUGGGCCACCCGUGAGGAGGGCCGGCCGUUAAGGGUGGCUCUCCUCGGCCGCAGCCUGAAGGAGGGGUUCGUGAUGCCUCAAGACCGGGGGCAGUCCCGCCCUUGCGCUUCUCUGGGGAGGCCGCAGGCCGUGGCCUGUUCCAGCAGAUGCGGAUGACGGCGGAACAACCGCCUUCGGGGGCCGUGCGCCUCCUUUGCGACUGAAUAUGGAGUAGCUUGCCGCUUGUGACACUGCCGAUCCCCUGUGAAAGUGAAAAUACCUUUUGGAAACAAAUACCUUGAUGCUAUCUUUUCUCUCCCAGAGAAAAAACCAAAAUAUGGUGUGAUUCUUACCCAUGGAGCUGGAGGAGAUAUGAAUUUCCCUCACUUAGUGUCUUUGGCAGCCUGUCUUGCAUCCCAUGGAGUUCUGUGCCUGCGGUUUACUUGUAAAGGCCUUAACAUUGCUCAUAGAACUAAGGCCUUCAAAACAGUUGUGGAAUACUUAAAGCUUUCAGGUGAUUAUAAACUUUCAGGCGUUUUCCUUGCAGGUCGUUCCAUGGGGUCACGAGCUGCUGCUUCUCUGAUACGUCAGCUGAGCCAAGAAGAUGAUGAUGAUGGCUUCAUUCAAGGCCUGGUGUGUUUAUCUUACCCAUUGCAUCGACCAAAACUUCAAUCCAAGCUCCGGGAUGAAGACUUAUUUUUUAUCAGAUGUCCAGUGCUGUUUGUCUCAGGAUCAGCAGAUGAGAUGUGUGAAAAACAAUUGCUAGAAGGUGUGGCAAGCAAAAUGAAAGCCCCUAAAAAAAUCCAUUGGAUUGAUAAAGCAAACCAUGGGAUGGCAGUCAAAGGACGAACAACAGAUGAUGUCAUGGAAGAAAUAAAUGCCCAGGUUAGAGAGAUGUAUUAUAAACCCCACAUCACUGUCUUUGAGAAUGCUGAUUCCAAAGGAACAAAGUUAUGGUCUGAAAAAUGUGACUUGGGAUAGAUACAUGGUGGGGGAUGUGUGGGUAUAAACCAACAAUUCCUAUCUGCUCUUUAAGAGACUUGUGAACAGAUUUAGUAUAAUAAGUGUGAGUAAAAAAUAUCUCCAGAGUAUCUCAGGACAGUAACACAUGACUGAUACAAACAUGGAUUUUAUUAAAAUAAAAAAAGUUACAAAAAUGUUUUUUUAACAAA